GUUGUAUACUUUAAAAGAAAGGAAGGAGGCAAGAGAGAGGAAAAAAGGAAAUAAAUAUAUAUAUACACACACACAUAUAUAUGUAUGUCCAGGUUUUUCAACCACUAUUGACAUUUUUUUGUUUAUUUUUUUGAGAUGGAGUCUUGCUCUGUUGCCCAGGCUGGAGUGCAGUGGCGUAAUCUCUGCUCACUGCAACCUCCGCCUUCCAGGUUCAGACAGUUCUCCUGUCUCAGCCUCCUGAGUAGCUGGGAUUACAGGCACCCGCCACCACGCCCGGCUGAUUUUUGUAUUUUUAGUAGAGACAGGGUUUCACCAUGUUGGCCAGGCUGGUCUCGAACUCCUGACCUCAGGUGAUCCACCUACCUCAGCCUCCCAAAGUGCUGGGAUUACAGGCAUGAGCCACCACACCCUGCCCACUAUUGACAUUUUGGGCUGGAUAAUUCUUUCUUAAGGGUGGACAUAGGGUAAAUCCUAUGCAUGUCAUAAUAUGUACCAGCAUCCCUGGCCUUCAGCACUAGCUACCAGUGACACCCCCACCGCAACCCUAGUUUUUUGGUUUUUGGUUUUUUUUUUUCUUUUAGAGACAGGGUCUCUCUAUGUUGCCCAAGCUGGUCUUGAACUCCUGGGCUCAAGCAGUCCUCCCUCCUCAGCCUCUCAAAGUGCUGGGAUGACAGGCGUGAGCCACCUCACCUGGUCCCACCCCCAGUUUUAACAAGCCAAAAAUGUCCUGGAUGAAGACUAGGGUUCCUUCCACCUCUUGGCCAUUGUGAAUUGUCUUACUUUUUAACCCUUACCUCAUCUCCUGGUCAUGGAUUUUCUAUUUAUCUAUCUGUUUAUUUAUCUGUCUAUCUAGAAACAGGGUCUUGUACUGUCACCCAGGCUGGAGUGCAGUGGCAUGAUCGUAGUUCAAUGCAGCCUCAAACUCUUGGGCAAAAGGGAUCCUCCCACCUUAGCCUCCCAAAUAGCUGGAACUACAGGUGCAUACCACUACACCUGGCUAGUUUCUUUUAAACUUUUUUAGAGACAGGGGUCUCAGUAUGUUGCUCAGGCUGGGCUCAAGUGAUUUUCCCACCUCAGCCUCCCCAGUAGCUGAGAUUACAGGUGUGAGUCACCACACCUGGCUCUUACUUAAAAAUAAUAAAAACAAAAAUUAAUCAUAACAUUCUUAUUUUUUCUUGAUAAAUGUUUUAUGAAAUGUUGCCCAAAUGCAAGUGUAAUAGCCACCAUUAUCAAGCUCAUUCUAUCAGCCAGUUGCUGUGUUACAUGCUUUCUACUCUUUAUUUAAUCUUCAUAGUAACUCUGCCAAGUAAGCAUUAUCUUCAUUUUUAAAAUGAAAAAAAACGAGACUCAGUAAGGGUAACUAAAUGGCCCAAGAUCACACACACGAUAAAUAGAAGUGGAUUUGAACCAAGUUGCUACGCUCUUUCCAGUACACGACGCUGCUUCUCAUCGAUUGCUUCCUAUCCCUGGCUCCCAAGCUCACUUCAAUAGCAAGAAACACAGGGGAAAUUUUUCUUUUAAUUUUUUUUAGAUACGGUCUCACUUUGUUGCCCAGUCUAGUAUCAAACUACUGGCCUUGAGCAAUCCUCCCACUUCAGCCUCCAGAGUGAGUAGCUGCGAUUGGAGGUGCAAGCCACCCUCCCAGCAAAAAUUUUGUUCUAUCACCUUUGUGGGUAGGGGGGCUAUGGGACUUAGCAUAGUUGCAUUGUUUUUGCUCAAGACAAGUUCAUGGUUCUGAAACUUUGCUAUUUAUUUUAUUAUUAUGAUUAUUUAUGGGUUUUUUUGCAGAAGCUUAGCAUUCCCAUACUCGUAGUUGAAGCUAGGCCACCUGGGUGAAAAACCAGGAAUCCUAAGACCAUGUGGGAGAUGACUCUACUCCUAAAGAAUUCCAUGACUCUUAAAAUAGUUCUUACCAGGUUAACAGGAUAUACUCAGCUUUUCAGAACCAACUAAAUGGCUUGUAUUCACUUUAUUGAUUCAUACAUUCUUUCAUUGAACAAACAAGAAAAAUCUAAAAUGUGUAAGGCAUUCAAACUAUGAAUUGUUUGUCUUCUUCUCAAAGGGCCCUGAAAAAGAAUUCUGUGAUACCUCAAGCACCAAAGGAAGGAGUUUACUUUCAUCAUCCUCAGUAUAGAAAUUUCUAAAAAGAAGUAUCAGCUAGUGACCCAAGUACUCCAAAUGCACUAUAUAUAUAAAGAAGAUGGCACUUUUGCUGAUUUCAAGACGGAGUUUCACAUUGGCCAGGCCGGUCUCGAACUCCUGACCUCAAGUGAUCCACCCACCUCGGCCUCCCAAAGUGCUUGGAUUACAGACGUGAGCCACCGUGCACAGCCAGAAAGGCUACUAUAUUAUAUAGCUUUGUGGUAGACUUCUGUCGGCCUCUUAGAUUUAACAAAGACAAGAUGUGAAAUGGAGAAGUAUCUGACACCUCAGCUUCCUCCAGUUCCUAUAAUUCCAGAGCAUAAAAAGUAUAGACGAGACAGUGCCUCAGUCGUAGACCAGUUCUUCACUGACACUGAAGGGUUACCUUACAGUAUCAACAUGAACGUCUUCCUCCCUGACAUCACUCACCUGAGAACUGGCCUCUACAAAUCCCAGAGACCGUGCGUAACACACAUCAAGACAGAACCUGUUGCCAUUUUCAGCCACCAGAGUGAAACGACUGCCCCUCCUCCGGCCCCGACCCAGGCCCUCCCUGAGUUCACCAGUAUAUUCAGCUCACACCAGACCGCAGCUCCAGAGGUGAACAAUAUUUUCAUCAAACAAGAACUUCCUACACCAGAUCUUCAUCUUUCUGUCCCUCCCCAGCAGGGCCACCUGUACCAGCUACUGAAUACACCGGAUCUAGAUAUGCCCAGUUCUACAAAUCAGACAGCAGCAAUGGACACUCUUAAUGUUUCUAUGUCAGCUGCCAUGGCAGGCCUUAACACACACACCUCUGCUGUUCCGCAGACUGCAGUGAAACAAUUCCAGGGCAUGCCCCCUUGCACAUACACAAUGCCAAGUCAGUUUCUUCCACAACAGGCCACUUACUUUCCCCCGUCACCACCAAGCUCAGAGCCUGGAAGUCCAGAUAGACAAGCAGAGAUGCUCCAGAAUUUAACCCCACCUCCAUCCUAUGCUGCUACAAUUGCUUCUAAACUGGCAAUUCACAAUCCAAAUUUACCCACCACCCUGCCAGUUAACUCACAAAACAUCCAACCUGUCAGAUACAAUAGAAGGAGUAACCCCGAUUUGGAGAAACGACGCAUCCACUACUGCGAUUACCCUGGUUGCACAAAAGUUUAUACCAAGUCUUCUCAUUUAAAAGCUCACCUGAGGACUCACACUGGUGAAAAGCCAUACAAGUGUACCUGGGAAGGCUGCGACUGGAGGUUCGCGCGAUCGGAUGAGCUGACCCGCCACUACCGGAAGCACACAGGCGCCAAGCCUUUCCAGUGCGGGGUGUGCAACCGCAGCUUCUCGCGCUCUGACCACCUGGCCCUGCAUAUGAAGAGGCACCAGAACUGAGCACUGCCCAUGUGACCCGUUCCAGGUCCCCUUGGCUCCCUCUGAAACGACAGACCUAGCUAUUCCUGUAUAAAAACAAAAACAAAAACAAAAAAAACCAAGAAAACCACAACUAAAACUGGAAAUGUAUAUUUUGUAUAUUUGAGAAAACAGGGAAUACAUUGUAUUAAUACCAAAGUGUUUGGUCAUUUUAAGAAUCUGGAAUGCUUGCUGUAAUGUAUAUGGCUUUACUCAAGCAGAUCUCAUCUCAUGACAGGCAGCCACAUCUCAACAUGGGUAAGGGGCGGGGGUGGAGGGGAGUGUGUGCAGCGUUUUUACCUAGGCACCAUCAUUUAAUGUGACAGUGUUCAGUAAACAAAUCAGUUGGCAGGCACCAGAAGAAGAAUGGAUUGUAUGUCAAGAUUUUACUUGGCAUUGAGUAGUUUUUUUCAAUAGUAGGUAAUUCCUUAGAGAUACAGUGUACCUGGCAGUUCACAAAUAGCCAUUGAACAAAUGUGUGGGUUUUUAAAAAUUAUAUACAUAUAUGAGUUGCCUAUAUUUGCUAUUCAAAAUUUUGUAAAUAUGCAAAUCAGCUUUAUAGGUUUAUUACAAGUUUUUUAGGAUUCUUUUGGGGAAGAGUCAUAAUUCUUUUGAAAAUAACCAUGAAUACACUUACAGUUAGGAUUUGUGGUAAGGUACCUCUCAACAUUACCAAAAUCAUUUCUUUAGAGGGAAGGAAUAAUCAUUCAAAUGAACUUUUAAAAAGCAAAUUUCAUGCACUGAUUAAAAUAGGAUUAUUUUAAAUACAAAAGGCAUUUUAUAUGAAUUAUAAACUGAAGAGCUUAAAGAUAGUUACAAAGUACAAAAGUUCAACCUCUUACAAUAAGCUAAACGCAAUGUCAUUUUUAAAAAGAAGGACUUAGGAUGUCGUUUUCACAUAUGACAAUGUUGCAUUUAUGAUGCAGUUUCAAGUACCGAAACGUUGAAUUGAUGAUGCAGUUUUCAUAUAUCGAGAUGUUCGCUCGUGCAGUACUGUUGGUUAAAUGACAAUUUAUGUGGAUUUUGCAUGUAAUAUACAGUGAGACACAGUAAUUUUAUCUAAAUUACAGUGCAGUUUAGUUAAUCUAUUAAUACUGACUCAGUGUCUGCCUUUAAAUAUAAAUGAUAUGUUGAAAACUUAAGGAAGGAAGUGCUACAUAUAUGCAAUAUAAAAUAGUAACGUGAUGCUGAUGCUGUUAACCAAAGGGCAGAAUAAAUAAGCAAAAUGCCAAAAGGGGUCUUAAUUGAAAUGAAAAUUUAAUUUUGUUUUUAAAAUAUUGUUUAUCUUUAUUUAUUUUGUGGUAAUAUAGUAAGUUUUUUUAGAAGACAAUUUUCAUAACUUGAUAAAUUAUAGUUUUGUUUGUUAGAAAAGUUGCUCUUAAAAGAUGUAAAUAGAUGACAAACGAUGUAAAUAAUUUUGUAAGAGGCUUCAAAAUGUUUAUACGUGGAAACACACCUACAUGAAAAGCAUAAAUCGGUUGCUGUUUUGCUUCUUUUUCCCUCUUAUUUUUGUAUUGUGGUCAUUUCCUAUGCAAAUAAUGGAGCAAACAGCUGUAUAGUUGUGGAAUUUUUUGAGAGAAUGAGAUGUUUAUAUAUUAACGACAAUUUUUUUUUUUUUUUGGAAAAUAAAAAGUGCCUAAAAGAUA